GCCGGCCACACCCCUCUCUGUGACUCCACCUUCAGCCGCGGCGCGUUUUCCAGCGAUGGUGGCCCCACGGGAUCAAAUUUCAGCGUCACAGCCGGGCACUGGCUUCGCGGUCCCUGAUGGGCGAGCAUGAGCAGGUGCGACCCUCUUUUGGCCGGCCUACCCCUGGACCCUGACUACUCCUUGUCCUGUCGCUUCUCAUCUCCUUCCCCCUCCAACGUGUGUUUGCCUGCUAACGGGAAGUGUGAGAAGUACUGGGGCUCUACUUCGGACAAGGCUUUGGACUGUACCACUCACUGGUCCAGGACGCCAGAGCAGGAGACAUUGGCAACUGCUGCUUCUGAAGACACAGUGAGGGGAGAAGACUGGAGACUAUUGUGGGGCUCGGGGCCUCAGCCGUACGGGGCUCCGCCCUUCCCCUCCCAAGAUCUGCACAAAGAACGCUAUAAUGACCAGGAGCUUUUGAGAAGGCAUCAUCAUAAGAAAGCCUUGGAGACCAGCCCUUCCAAAGUCAAAGCUAAGUCCACCAUGAUGAUUCCUGAUGCCCAGAAGCUCCUGCGCUGUGAACUGGAGUCCCUCAAGAGCCAGCUGCAGGCGCAGACCAAGGCCUUUGAGUUCCUGAACCACUCGGUGACCAUGCUGGAGAAGGAGAGCUGCCUACAGCAAAUCAAGAUCCAGCAACUUGAAGAGAUGCUGAGCCCCAGCUGUCGCCAGGGAGAGAAGGAGGGACACAAGUGGGGCACGGAACAGGGCCGCCAGGAGCUGUACGGGGCGCUGGCCCAAGGUCUCCAGGGGCUGCAGAAGACCCUGCGAGACAGUGAGGAGGUGCAGAGGGCCCGGACCACCCGCUGCCUGCAGCUGCUGGCCCAGGAGAUCCGGGACAGCAAGAAGUUCCUGUGGGAGGAACUGGAGCUGGUUCGGGAGGAGGUUACCUUCAUUUACCAGAAGCUCCAGGUGCAGGAAGAGGAGAUCUCGGAGAACCUGGUGAAUAUCCAGAAGAUGCAAAAGACGCAGGUGAAAUGCCGCAAGGUCCUGACUAAGAUGAAACAGCAUGCAUACGAGACAUCUGCCUGGCCGGAGAUGGAGGCGGCGGCCCCGGGAGGCGGAGGCUGCUGGAAAGAUGACCUUCAAAAGGAACUGAGUGACAUAUGGUCCGCCGUCCACGGGCUGCAGAAUUCCAUCGACGGCCUCACCAUGUCCACAGGAGCCCGCCCCAGGGCCUCGAGCCUCCGGGGCCACAAAGGGCACCGCUGCCUGAGCCCUCCGCUCCCGUCCUGGGAUUCUGACUCGGACUCUGAUCAGCCACCCUGCAACAAGAGCCGGUCCUUCCCACCCGCCUGAGCAGCCGGGACUGCUCUCCCUGAAGACCCCUGCAGAGAGAAAAUAAAACUAGCGAGACCCUCCCCCACCCCCGGACUUCUGCUGCUCCCUGUGCCGAGCCCCGCCCCCACCCCGUUUACUCCUCAGUGCCGGGGCUGCUCCUG